CUCCCUAUUCGAAGUUUUGAACCACAAUCAUAUCUUUAGCUUACUGGUUCAGCUGCCAUGGAAACAGUAAAUCAACUUUCAACAUUCUUCUCACCAUCAAAUCAUAAUGAAUACAAAAUCGAGAUCAGUAUUUUCCUGAUUAGUAUCGUGUUAGCCUAUGUCUUCAUGCACAGAUGGAAUCAAAGGAAUGUAAAAGGCCCAAAAUCAUGGCCAAUCAUUGGUGUACUUAUAGAACUUCUUAUGAACUUCAACAGAAUGCAUGAUUGGGCAACUGAUUACUUUGUUGAAUCAAAAACCUUCAAGGUUCCACUGCCAUUUAUAAGUGUAACUUUCAUUGCAGACCCAGCAAAUGUUGAACAUGUUCUUAAAACCAACUUCAACAACUACCCAAGGGGUGAAGCUUUUCAGGCAAACAUGGAAGAGUUGCUUGGAGAUGGAAUUUUUAAUUCAGAUGGAGAAAUUUGGAGGCAACACAGAAAGACUACUGGUUUAGAGUUUGCAUCUAAAAACUUGAGAAACUUUGGCACUAUUGUUUUCAAAGAUUAUGCAUUGAUUCUCUCUGAUAUUUUACACCAAGCAUCAAUCCAUAACAAAGAAAUCGAUAUACAGGAUCUGUUUUUGAGGAUGACUCUGGAUUCUACGUGUAAAGUUGGGUUUGGGGCGGAAAUUGGAAGUUUGGCUAACGAUUUACCUAGUCGUUUCGCUAAAGCUUUUGAUCAAGCAACUAGUACUGUUUCGUCUAGAUUCGAGAACCCUUUAUGGAAAUUACAGAGAUUUUUAAAUGUUGGGGGUGAAGCAUUAUUUGUUCAAAGUAUCCAAGUCAUUGAUGAAUUUACAUACAGUUUGAUUCAUAAAAGAAAAGCAGAAUUACAAGGAGCUAAAUCACCUGAUAAUAAUGGUAACAAGGAAAAGCAUGAUAUGCUGUCAAGAUUCAUUGAGUUAAGUGAGAUUCCUGGAAGUAACUUAACAGACAAAAUCCUUAGAGAUGCCGUUAUAAACUUUCUUUUAGCAGGACGUGACUCAACAGCGUCAACAUUAUCCUGGUUUAUAUAUAUGAUCAUGAUGAAUCCUAAUGUAGCCGAGAAGAUCUACAUGGAACUUAUAGCCUUUGAAGAAAAUCAGGCCAAGGAAAUGAUUGCGUAUGAUCCUAGAGACCCAAAAUGUUUUACUGAGAAAUUAACACAAUUUGCAAGUCUAUUGAAUUAUGAUUCACUUGGAAAGUUGCCUUACUUGCAUGCAACAAUCACUGAGACACUACGGUUGUACCCUGCCGUCCCCCAGAACUCGAAAGGAGUAUUGGAAGACGACAAUUUACCCGAUGGAACAAAAGUGAGAGCAGGUGGAGUGGUGAAUUAUGUUCCAUACGCCAUGGGGAGAAUGGUGUACAACUGGGGACCUGAUGCAAUUGUAUUCAACCCUGAUAGAUGGUUCAACAAAGAAGGGUCAUUUGAAAGUGCAUCUCCAUUCAAAUUCACGGCAUUCAAUGCUGGACCAAGAACAUGCCUAGGGAAGGACUCGUCAUAUCUACAGAUGAAAAUAACACUUGCUAUCUUGUGUAGAUUCUUCGAUUUUCAUUUGAUUCCAAACCAUCCUGUUAAGUACAAAAUGACAAUAGCUCUAAGCAUGGAGCGCGGGUUGAAGCUUAGUACAACUACCAAGAAAUCUUGAAAUGUUCAGGAAAGAAAUCCCACUUUAGUGCUCUCAUUUCCAGGGGCUAGUUGCGAGUUUAAAUUGCAUGCGCAAAUAAGUUUGGGGUAUGGUUAUGUUGCGUACCCAUGCACGGGAUACACGCUCGUGAUUAGUCUUCUUUUACAUAUGUCUCUAUAGAUUAUUAAUCAAUCAUAACAAAUACUCUCUC